AUGGACCCAGACGUCGUGAUGGAGCAUCUUCGUUCUGCCGCUUUCGAGUUGGAUCGUUUGACAUUAUGUUGCAACUAUGUCACCCGCUCCUUACCAUUCCUUGCUACUUUACGGGACUUAAGCGUUUUUUCAACAUGUCAGAAUCACGGGAAGGAUCGGAUCCAACCAACACGGUGGCGCCGCCUUUUCCCAUUCCACCUCGCUCAACCCUCAACCGCCCAGCCUCGUAACGUCUCACUGUACGGCGGCGCUCAACGGAGCUACUGUCUCUGUGGGCUCAGCUUCCUCUCAGGAUUGCGCCGCCUCCUCGACAUCUCGUCAGCCCUCCGCCUUUCCUCUCGUGUUGAACGUCCGAAUUCGGAAAUUUUUGAACCUGUGAACUUUUCCCUCAACGUCCAACUUCACGCUCUCCCCUGCCCUCCUCCCGCGCAAUGUCUUCAUGAUUGGCCAGAAGACCCUGGCCGCCCCACGGCACAUGCCAAGCAUGCGGUGGGCGGAUGGGUAACGCAAUUUCGAGACCAUCGACUGAUACUCACAAGAUACUGGUAUUCAGUGCGAUUGCUCCGAAUGUCCGAACGAGGUGAUCCUCCCGCCCCACUCCUUCAUGAAUGUGUUCUCAAGUUCCCCCACUCCAGUGAUUGCAUCCGUCGCUUUCAAUCACAAAUAUGGGCGCAGGCGGCUGAAGAUCACAAGAAGUGUAGGCUAUUUAGUACCGUGCAGGCUGCAACCAUAUUUACAUAA